CGAAAUUUUCAGUCUUCUCGGUCACUCUGUCGGCAUUCGGUUCGUGUUUCCCCCGAGGCACACGCACCCCGUCAAUCGGUGCGCUCACACGUUUAUCCAACGUCGUCGAACACAUUGUUUCCGGCCGAUACCACUAGUGAAUAACAACACACAACCGUACAGUGAAAUAUAUAUUUUUUAAUUCAUUCUACGUUUAUUGUAAUCAAAAACUCGUUUUUUUAUUAUUUCUAUCCGAACAACGAUCCGAUCAUUGCCGGUGGAAAAAUUCAGUGCGCCCAAAUAACCGUCAAAUGUUAAUCGCGAAACGUGUUGGCCGGUCGACCGGCGGCGGUCGGACCGCGUUAUGAUAGCCGCCGACAUCAACACGGCCACUAUCAUUGUCAACUUUGCCGUCGCAAAAACAUCGCCGGCACCACCGGCAGAACACACGACGACGGUCAGCUGAUUCUCAUGCGCUCCCACGCUGAUCACUUCAGUACACAUUGUUUUACUUGAGCGCUCUUAAUCAUGGAAAUGCAGAUUAGUAACGCGACCGAGUUCCCCUUGUACCACUCGAUGGCUACGGGACCGCAUUCGUUCCAGUUGCCGGGUGCCAUUCCACCGGUCAGCACCAUUCCCUACAAGAACAGUAUGUUUCCCGACAGGUUGGGCUUCUAUUACGAUUCGGCAGGCGUCACGCACCCCGUACAAAUUGAUCGGUGUGAACGGUGCUAUGUCGAACUUCCCGGAGGAGGCGUCCAUCAUUUUGGCAAGCGGGUGUGUGGCAUGUGCAUAGCCAAAGAACAGCAGGUGUCGCCCAAAGUGGAAACGGAAAUUCUAGACUUGGACUCCCAGCAGGUCAUGUCUCAGCAGCAACAGCAACAGCAGCAACAACAACAGCAAGAAAGUAAGGCGUUUUUACAACAAGACAGCAAAACGUUUUUGCAACAAGACAGCAAAGCGUUUAUGCAACAAGACACCAAAGCAUUCUUACAACAAGACAAAGGAUUUCUUCAACAGUCCAGUGGUGUGCCGCCCGGAUACGACAGGCCCCCUCCGUCGGCCGUCGAGUGGCCCGGAUACUUCCAGGCGCAACAAAACACUUUGUCCGGUGAACACUUGUCGCCCGAUUACAAUAAUGUGACCACUACAACGACGACACCACCUACAAUGAUGGGCGGCUCUCCACCGUCCGACAUGCAACAACAAUACGGUGGUGGCUUUGACGGCGGCAGUUACCAGGUUGAUACCAACCACCAAACGGCUGGCGCCGGCGGAGGAUCUUCCGGAAAAGGCAACGGCUCGUGGAAAUCGAACGAAGCUCGCCGCGCUAAAACGUACGAGUGUCCGGCCUGUGAUAAAUGGUUCACCAGCUCCGGUCACCUGAAGAGGCACUACGGUACUCAGCUUCACAAGAACGCGGUCAAGCAGAGUGGCAAACCGGACCCUGCAUUGUUACCCAUGAAACACCAUUACCAUCCGUACAGGGACCCCGCUUAUGUUGCUCAACAAAAGCUCAAGCAACAACAGCAGAAUGGAGGCAGCACGCAUAAGCAGCAGGCCAUGAUGAUGCCGCCCGAUUUCCGUCCGGUUACCUCAUCUUCAUCAUUCAGUACCGAUUCUUUUUUAGAGCUGACUCCCCCAAACCUGACAGCAAGCCUCUCGGACAGUUUGGGGGGAACCCAAUUCCUACCGGCCCAGCAGCCACCAAUCAGCAGCAGCACCAACACCAACAGCAACAGCAAUACGGCAGAUUUCAUGGGCGUGACCCAAAUUUCUUCGUCGUACCCCAACAACACCAGCAACAGCUACCAGGACCACCAAACGGUGCAUAUGCACCACCACCUCCACCACCAGCGCCAAACCAUGUUAUACCAAGAGCACCCAUCGACAGUGGAUCAGCAAGUGCAUUCGGCAUACCAGCGCUCCCAGAUCACGGAUACCAUCCAGCAGCCUUACACCACCCAGGUUUCUAUGACCCCUCAAAUUACCAACACGGAUUUGUACACCACUAUGGCCGGCAAUAACGAUGGCGGCCAGUUUGAUCAACAACAGUUAUACUUACAACAUCACCAGCUCCAACAGCAGUAUCUUCAGCAACAGCAAAUAUCAUCUGUACAACUCCACCACCAACAUAAUUUAUUGGGCGUCAAAACGGAACCCUUGGACUCGUUGCACGGCGACUACAAUAACAGCGUAGACACCCCUCUGGCUAGCCCGGACUCGAGCAGCGUUGACCAGUAUAAGGGGCUGUUGGUCGUAGCCACCAUACCGACGGCGGACGAAGACAACACGUUGGGCAGUGAUGGAUCCGUCGACUUAGAAUCAACCAUAUCUUGUUCGUCUUCGGCCGACAUUAUCGGUCAGAUGAACAAUGGCGUAGGCCGAGACUGCUCGCAGUCGUCGUCGUCGGCGUCGGCUAUGAAAAAGUUUCGAAAAGCGACAAAAGUGACAUGCGAACUGUGUAACAAAGACUUCACGGACAAGUGCUACAAGACGCAACACGACCAACGGUUCCACAGUGGCGAAAAACCGUAUCGAUGUGGCGUUUGCGGUAAACGGUUCGGCGAACAAAAGCAAUUGCACGUACACGAACUGCGGCACAACGACAGCAACAAGGCGUUCCCGUGUACCAUGUGUACCAAGAGCUUUAAUUUCAAAAACGAUUUGGAACGACACUUUAUGUCCAGUCAUUCGGCCGACAAACCGUAUCAGUGCGUUCAGUGCAAGAAAAAGUUUGUCCGCAUGGAUCAUAAACGGCAUCACGAAAAAACGCAUGACGGGUCCGAGGAGAAGACCAAGAAGAAAAAGAAGGCAGCUAUUCAGUCGGUCCAACCGGUGACCAACGACGAUCACAUGAAGAUGACCACCGGCGUCCACAUGUAUGCAAUGGCCGUCAAUCAUUCCUAAUGAUGUGUUUAGUACUCGUGUACGCCGUGAUUCGGGUAUUUUUUCCAUUUUAAUUAUCACCUAAGUCAGACUUAAAAGUAUAAAAAUGUAUUGUUUAUAAUUAUUAUUUCUUUUUUUUAAAAAAAAAAACACCACGAGUAUUGAACUUAUUAAUUUUGAACGACUAAUUUAUAAUUAUUUAACAAGUUUACUUUUUUUUUAUGUUGUACAUAAAUCAAUAAUUCAAAACUCAAUGGGCAUUACAAUAUUGUUAAGCGUUUAAUUGAUUAUGUUUAAAGUAAUAUUAAUAUAUACUUUGGCCAAUAUCGUCCUAGGACCUAGUUAUGUAACCUAGUGUUCCUUUUGUUUUUUUUUUUGUUUUUGGAAGUGUUCCUGUAUUGUUGCGUCGUUUGUUGAUGGCUCAAUAUCCUUCCUUUAAACCCACAUAUACAGUAAUACGUGUAAUUAUAUUUGUUGACAUAUUUUUUUCGACUUUUUGGUACCAGUAACAAUUAUUUGCAUUAGUUAAAAACAUAUCCCUGUGUUACAUAUCACACAACGACGCUAUAGAAUUAAUUACAAUUACCUUUACUAGAAUAUAUAAA